AUGCCUUAUCAAGAGGUGAACUCGGAGGGCAAACACGUCCUCUGUCGCACCGAAAACUUUGCCAAUUCGCAUGCCGGGUUCAAUGGCUUCCUCCGAGGGAAACGUGCCACAAGGCUGCUGAAUCAACUAGCAGGAGAAGACAUGAUCCUUUUCAAGGAGAAUAUCAACUACAAGUUGUCCGGAAGUGGUGGUUUCGCCCCUCACAUCGACGCCAAUGCCUAUACACAUGUCAAGAACAUCAAGCAUUUGACUAUUCUUGCGGCUGUGGACGAAAUGAACGCAGCCAAUGGAGGUCUCGAAGUGGUCAGCGGAAGUCACCGCAUGGAAGUCCCUCUCGGACAAGACCGAUGCAUCACCUCGGACUGGGUUGAAAGCAAUGUGUGGACGCCAGCGGAACUCGAGUCUGGUGAUAUCCUGAUUUUUGGCUCGUAUCUGGCACAUCGCAGUGGGGCGAACGGUAGUUCGAAAGACCGACGCGCCAUCUACGCAACAUACAACUGUGCGGUCGAGGGAAACCUACAUGAUCAGUACUACGCUGAUCGUCGAGAGGUCUGGCCUGCAACGCACAUGCGCAAGAAUGGGCUUUCUUACGAAGAAGGCCGUGCUCGGUAUGCCUUCGGGUCACCCAUGUUAAGUGUGGACACCGAAGUCAAUUCUGCAGUUUGA